AUGCCCUCCGACCUCAGUCAGAAAGCGUCAGAUGUCCGAGAAAGAAUCGCUUUCUUGAACAAUCUGUCGCGAGCGGGUAGCCCGGCAGCCAGUCCACAGCAUGUCUCUUCCACCAUGUCAUCGAGUUCGGCUGCUCUACAAAGGGCCAUCUUGGGACGUGAAGAAGCAGAAUCGGCUCUUGCCAGCGCCAAUACAAUGCUAUCCGAAGCAGAAGCCCGAGAAAGACGAAUCAGCGAGAGACUCGAAUCGUUACUAGAAGAAUUGCAAACUACCCGAGAACGCCAAGCACAUGAGCGAGCAGUUUUUGAAAAAGAAGUCCGCAAAGCACGAAAAGAAGCUUUCCGCGCCGGAUCGAUGCUUGUCAAGGCGCAGGAGGAAUUGAAAUUAUCAAAAGGAGAAAUCAAAAACCUACGAGACGAAGUACGAGCGGAGAGAGAGUCUAAGGAAAGGGCUAAGCAAGAAGCAUUCGAGCGCGCAUAUGCAUUGGCGGGRGKGUCAGAGGAAGUUCAAUCUUUGAAGGACCAGCUGCGCGCUACAGAGUCGAAUAAUCAACAAAGCAUCUUGGAAUCUCAAGUCGAUGAAUUGGAACAGAGUGUCAAUAAACCAGCUUAUACCGAUCAGGCCACAUGUAUGACUCCUACAACUAGGAGGCCCAAGCGAAGUGUGGAUGCACUAGAACUUCUUCAAGUCGCGCAAGGCGCCGAACAGGAUGCACACACCGAGGAAACGCCGUCAAAGAAGAUGAGAUUAUCUCGACGCGUCUCGAACAAAGAGAACCUACAGCCGGAGAAUCUAGAAGAGCAAGCAGAUCUCAUCGCCGAUUUGCAGGCAGAAAUUAGAUCAGAACAACGACGAAGAGAAAAGGCCGAGGAUAUGGUUCUUUUCAUGAAGAUGGAGUGUCAAUUCAAACGCUGCUCUUGCCGAAUUGCCGAAAGCCUGGGACAAAGGUACGUCCACGACAAAGAAUGGGAUGGUACUUUGGGAGAGGACGACCUACAUGUCGAAGAUCAUAUUGAAAAGCAUACCGAGGAGCAUAUUGAAGCGCAUAUCGAGGAGCACAUUGAAGAGCACAUCGAAGACCAUGGUGAAGAGGAAGGGGAACCGGAACAAAAUGCCCGCGAAUCAACGCCAGCUACAUCAGCACACUCGCCACUUGUGAGCCCAGUAUCUGCCAUGACACCACCAACACCACAUUAUCAAGAGUCGACGGACCCAGAAAAGGCUGCUCGACCAGCCAGGCAGUCAUCAGUCGCAUUCGAUGAAGAAACAGGCACGUUCGUCCAGGUCUCAUCACCGCACGCCUAUAUGCAUGACCGACCUAGUGAGGGACCUCUUGUUCUUCCGAAUGCCGACGACGAUGAAGAUAAUGUUGAGGAUGAAGAAGAGGACGACGCUGAAAUUCCGCAUGGAAGCCCUGCAGUCAGAGUGAUGGAGAUGCAGAUGCAGAUGCAAAACGAAGAGGUCAUGUCACACCAGCCUUACGAAAGUGCUGUCGAAGAACAAGAGGAGCCAGUUACCUACGAGCAAGCACCAGAAACCAUCCGUCCUACUGAACACGCCGCUCAAAUGGUCACUACCAUCAACCGCAACCCUAUCUUACCACCACACCGAUCAUCCGAAAGACUUCCUAUCACACCUAUCGACCAAAUCACUGUUAUCAAAGAGGAAACCAUUACAAAAACAGUCCCAAUACAAUUCGAGUCCCGACACGCUCGUAACCCAAUGGACAUCAUACCAGGAACACCCCUAACUCGAGAGGAAGCAUUAGCCCAAAUCCGAGCACGCAGAGGUCGAACACAAAGCGGCACACAACGAUCCGUCAGCGCCAACGAAGCUACGGCUCGAACAGGCGGKGCAAGCGCGAAAGUAGGAGGACCCGCAAGACGUAUACCCGGUGUUAAGCACUCGGAUACAAGGAGCGAGGCGGACAUCAAAGAUCGAAGGUCGGCACCUGUCGGGCGGCGAUACUGA